GUAGGCUCAUCCCUAGUCCCUACAGUCAAAGUCGUAUGGGAAUAUUUCGAUAACGCGUUAGAAAAAAAUAACUUAUUAAUAAUGUGGUUAUAAUAUUCGAUUAAGUUUAUUUAGUGUAGUUUUCUUUUCUUUGCGUUUUACUAAAUAUAAUUUAAUUAACUCUUAAAACUUAACCUAGUACUGUUUACCUUGCUUUUAGGUUAUGUUAGUUAAAAUCCCGUAUUUCUUACAACAUUUCUAUAAACAAUGAGCGAGGCUGAAUCUACACACUGCCGGGUUAUAUCUUUAGCAUGCCCUUUUUUGAAGCGAAGAGUAGAAUGUGCUGGAAGCGCGUUCCUUCGUUAUUAUAACGUGAAAUGUCACGGUGAGGAUACAUUACUACUAACUUCUAAAUCAAAAGAUAAAAAUGAGGAAAUUGUUUUCGAAGACGAUGUGGGCUACCUGAGGAGUCUAGACCCGAAAGAAUGGAAGAAACAAGACCAUUAUGCGGUCCUAGGAAUGAAAAAAUUGCGUAUCGAAGCCACUGACGACGAUAUAAAGCGAGCAUAUCGGCAGAAAGUAUUGAAACACCAUCCAGACAAACGCAAGGCACUCGGAGAAGAAGUCAGGAGUGACGAUGACUACUUCACAUGCAUCACUAAGGCCUAUGAGAUCCUUGGUUCACCAAAAACAAGGCGGUCUUAUGACUCGGUCGAUCCAGAGUUCGACGAUUCCAUUCCCACAUCCAGUGAGAUUAAGAAGGAGGGAUUCUUCAACAUUUUCUCAAAGUAUUUUGAAAUGAAUGCGCGGUGGUCAGAGAAAAAACAUGUGCCUUUGUUGGGAGACGAGAACAGUUCUCGGGAGUUUGUAGAAAAAUUUUACUCUUUUUGGUAUGAAUUUGACUCGUGGCGUGAGUUUUCUUAUUUGGAUGAGGAAGAGAAAGAGAAGGGGUCUGACAGAGAGGAGCGGAGGUGGAUAGAGAAACAAAACAAAGUGGCCAGAGCUAAACUGAAGAAGGAAGAAAUGACGAGAAUACGCAGUCUUGUUGACUUGGCGUACGCUAACGACCCCAGGAUACAGAGAUUCAAACAGGAAGACAAAGAUAAAAAGAUUGCUGCAAAACGUGCCCGCCAGGAUGCAGUCCAAGCUAAAAAAGCUGAGGAAGAGAGAUUAAUUAAAGAGGCCCAAAUUGCUAAACAAAAAGCUGAGGCGGCGGAGAGGGCGAGGAUGGAGGCGGCUCGAGCUGAGAGGGAACUGCAAAAGAAGAAUCUGCGCAAGGAACGAAAGUCACUUAGAGAUUUAUGUAAAAGUAAAAACUAUUUUGCUAAAAACGAAGACGAAACCGUCAGUAAUAUGGCAGCCGUCGAAAAGAUUUGUGAACUGUUGAAAGCCACAGAGAUCCAAGCCCUGAUCAAAGAUAUUGAGUCUAGUGGCCGGGAUGCAUUCAUAAAGGCUAUCACAGAGUCCGAAGAGAAGCUUGAAGCUGAACGCAGGGCUCUGUUUGAAAAUAAAAGAGCUGAGGAGCAAAAAGCAAAGAAAAAUGCAGCCCUUAAGGUUCCCAUAGAAUGGUCUCCCGAAAUGAUGCAGUUGCUCAUCAAAGCUGUCAACCUAUUCCCUGCCGGUACAAAUGCAAGAUGGGACGUCGUCGCUAACUUCCUGAAUCAACACGGAACAUUUACUGAUGAAAGGCGUUUCAAUGCUAAAGAAGUUUUAAAUAAAGCUAAGGACUUGCAGAGUUCAGAUUUCUCGAAGAGCAUCCUAAAGAAAGCUGCGAAUGAAGAAGCUUUCGAUCAGUUCGAAAAAGACAAAAAGAAGGUUGUCAACUCGGUGGAUGACAAUAGUAUAUCCAAGAAUGACACUCCCAAAUUAGUGAAUGGGAUCUCCAAACCUAAAAUGAAUGGGGACGUCAAGGAAUCCAAGGAAGAAAAGCCUUGGACCAAGACCGAGCAGGAACUUCUGGAGCAGGCCAUCAAAACAUUCCCCGUCAGCACUUCGGAGAGGUGGGACAAGAUCGCCGAAUGUAUACCGAACCGCUCCAAAAAAGACUGCAUGAAGAGGUACAAAGAGCUGGUAGAAUUAGUCAAAGCCAAGAAACAAGCGGCCAACAUCUCGAAAUAGCAUCUAAUGACAACUAGUUCGAUAUUAAAUUGUACAUCAGUUGGCCAUUUUAAUUUAUGACAUCCAGCAUCCGAUACCGGCCUUCGUCUCGCAUCAUGUAGCCCCGCAUUAGUUUGUACCACAGUCAUUCUCGAUGACAAUACAAUCGUAAAUUAGUCGUAACCGGAGCCGCAGCCUGUGCUAGCGGCGUCCUCGUGCCUGUAACUCGUAGAGAUUCCGUCGCCAAUAUUAUCUAAGGUUUAAUAUGUAAUAAAUCGGUCACCCUGACAACUAUCUGAUUAUUUAUUUGGGAACCUUACAGUCUAUACUCUAAAGGGACACACACUAUUGAGCACAACAUUCUCUUUUCACAAUACACAUACAAAACAAAACAUUUCUUUCUUUUUAGCCCAAUUUGUAUAUAUUUCACUAACUGUAAGGUUUAGGAGAGAAUUUGAAAAUUGAUCUUCGCGUCAUAUUUUUGUAUUUAUUUUUGUCAGCAAUGAACAUAGUCAAUUGGACAAUUUA